AUGGCACUCUCCAAAAGGAACCGCCUCUCAAAGACGGUGCUGUGGUACCUCCUCUUGAUAACUCCCCUUUGCAACAUCACCACCAAGGCGAUAUGUCACGGGUUCGUUUUAAAACGCGCACCUACAUUAGAAGCAUUUCUAUCUCGUAGGAACAGCGCAAAGAAGGGGUUCUCUAAGGACCAUCCGCGAAUGAACAACUUCACCAAGAGGAGCAAUACGGAGAGGAACAAUCACAACCAGAUGUAUGCACAUGGGAAGAAGAAGGGAAAGAACAAAGAGGCGUUACUCCAGAUGGGGGGAAUUAUGAGCAGACAUAAGUUGUCCACGGGGGAUGAUGAUGACGACGAUGAGGAUGAUGAUGAUGAGGCAGACGAGGGGAUGGAAGGAAAAGGCAACUCUAACCCUCGCCCAGGACAACAAAGAAAUACUCAGAAAAACCAAAGAGAAAACAUGGGAAAGGAAACAUGGGGGGGAAAAAACAAAGUAACAGACCUGUACCUGCGUAAUAAUAUCAAAAUAAAGUCUAGCUUGAAGGAGGAGGAGCAACAAAAGCGGCAAGGUGACGGUGUUCAUGCAGACAGAGACACGGAAGAGGAACUCCUGUCCAAUGAGGAAGACCUCACGGAAGAUGCCUCUUCAAUGGAAAACACCUCCCUCGAUGAUGAGGACGAACAAGACGACGAAGAGCCUGUCACAGAAGAAGACCUAGAUACCCUAAACAAAACAUGCGCAGAAAAAAUGGAAAGCGUUUACAACUAUAUCAAGAAGGAAUCCUACAGAUUUAAUCUAAGUAGCAUAUCCAACACCAUGUUUGAAAACGAAAAAAUUAAAAUAAAUGAUCAAAUUCUUAUAAUUAAGCACAUAAGUCAUAUUAAGAAGAAGGAAAAUCUAUUUAUGAUAACUCCCUUUGACCCUUACUAUGUUAACUUCAUAUACAACCACUUCGUCAAGGAGUACAAAGAACUUAAGUUCUACGUGAAAGACAGAUCGGUCUAUGCAGUUGUCCCUCCUCUAUCGGAAAACUUAAAAAACGAAAUACGAAUAAAAAUAAAGGAAAAAAUUGAGGACUCCAAGGCGACCUUGCGAAAUGUAAGGAAACAAAUGUUAACAAAACUGGACAAGAUGCGAGGGCGAAUUGGGAAGGAUAUUUACUUUAUGCAAAGAAAUCAUAUACAGAGUCUACAUGACCAGACGCGCAAGCGUAUUGAGGCCAUCCUGAACGAGCUCCGCUGA